AUGGCCUUCAUAGACAAGCCUUUCGUGAUACGAGAUGAGACGGUAGAGCCACUAAAACGGUUGGAAAAACUCAGUAUUACUAGUUCUCAUUUACUCCAUCUGCCAGAGAAGCUGCUUUGCAACCUGAAGAAUCUACAGGUCUUGAACAUAUCAUCAAACUGGAUCUCAAAUCUCCCCUUUACCGAUGCUUCUUGUGUGGCGAAUCAGCUUAUCAUUGUUGAUUUCUCACACAAUCGGUUGGAGAGACUCGGGUCUGAGCUAGCCGUGCUGCCAUCGGUUCGACAACUUUCUCUGUCGAAUAAUCACCUAUCGUCCAUAGAAAAGGAGUCAUUGCUGAAAUGUCCGCUACUGCAGCAGCUGGAGCUAAACAACAACUUCUUAGAGGAUGUUGAAAACCUUCCAGAAACCCUAAUUCAUAUUAAUCUGGCUUCAAACCAGUUGACGGCUAUUCCUCCGUCAGUGGCAUCCCUGAAACAUCUUGUGUCCUUUAAUAUGUCCCACAACUCCAUUGAUGAAAGCUCUUCACCUGUGCUUGUCUCGAAAGUGCUGGAAUUUGUUGAUUUCUCGGGCAACCGUAUCAAGGUGUUCCCUUCACGAUUGUUCCAAAACUCAACCGCAACAAUGGUACAUAUUCACCUUGAAAAGAACAUGAUUGCCGAUUUGAAGCCGUUCGAGCUGAUGAAUUUUACUCGACUACAAACGUUGAAUCUGAUCUCAAAUCGACUUGAACGGCUUCGAGAUGACGUAUUCGCUGGUCUCCAUGAGUUAUCAUCUGUUGGUCUUGCAAAUAACUCGAUUGAGAUGUUGGAGCCAGCUGUGUUUGCGGAUUUAGCUAUUGGUGAACUUGACCUAUCGCAUAACCGUCUAACGGAAGUUCCCAUUGCGAUCGCUCGUCUAUUCAAGUUGAAGAGGAUUGAUCUCAGUUACAAUAAAAUUAAGAAAUUACCUCAGUUCGUUUUCAACAAAAUUUCACAUCUCCACAAUAUCGACCUCAACCAUAACGAGUUGUCUUCGGUGACAAGUUUGGCGGAUGCUCUGCCACAGGCAUCAGCUGUCAAGCGACUGGAUGUGUCCAGGAAUCGCCUUGAGCUACUACAAUGGAGCGAACUUCCCCCUCGACUGGAUCAUCUCAUUGCGGACUCCAAUGUUAUCACUCUUUUGGGAGCGGCUAUGAAAUCCAAGGUCCGGACAGUAUCGUUGCGAGGAAAUCGAAUUGAGCAGCUAUCAGCUGAUCAGGUUCCGGAUACUGUCGAGACGUUGGACCUAUCCGCAAAUCGCAUCCAACACGUAGCUCCAUCAACGUUUGCAGCAAAAACUGCAUUGCGAACUCUGGAUCUCAGAGAUAAUCAUCUGGCAGAGCUUUCGGAGGAAUCGGUUGUUGCCGAGGGAGUGCACAGCAUUGAUGUGAGCCUUCAGGGCAAUCCACUGCGUUGCAGCUGUGAAUUUCACUGGAUAAAAAAGCCUGAGGUGGUGAAGAGGAAAGUUAAUCUCAUCGGUAUGUCGGAAACCCUUUGCAUGCAUCCUGUAACAAGUAAGGUGAUUGCGUUAGAUGCCGUGGACACAAAGGAUCUUCUCUGUAAUUACACUCAAGUUUGCGAACCCGAAUGUGUUUGCUGCCAAUUCGGAAAUUGUGACUGCAAAGCCGUCUGUCCAGCUGGAUGUGCAUGCUUUCGAGAUGCUCUAUUUGAGACAAACGUCGUGCGAUGCGAAAAUCUUACUGAAUCCGAGAUGAAGGUUUUCACGCCGGCAGCGGUGCCAAUCUCAGCCACCCAUGUGUACCUGUCUGGGCUUUCGUUACCCGUUCUGAGAAGUCAUUCGUUCCUGGGUAGACCACGUCUUGAGCUUCUGUACAUCAACGCUUCCGGCAUUCGUGGUAUCCAACCGAAAGCGUUCAAUACCCUUCCAAAACUUAAGUUGCUUGACCUAUCAGACAACGCUAUAGUCCAGCUAACUGGAGAUGAAUUCCAUAAGAGUGCCGCUAUUUCCCACCUUUUCCUCAAUGGAAAUCGAUUGAAAACGAUCGAACGAGGAUUAAUGGAGAAGCUGCCAGCUCUUACUACAAUGACUCUGCACAACAAUGAUCUCAGUGACCUGUCGCAGCCGCUAAUGACAUCUGGAGUACGGUCAUUAUCGUUGUCAGGAAAUGCGUUCCGUUGUGAUUGCAGCCCACGAUUUGCGGCUCCUUCGUGGAUUCACCAGAAUCGUGCCAAAGUUGUAGACAUGGAUCGUGUACGCUGUGUAGAGAAUAUCACUGAAGCAUUCCGGAACAACGACACCACCGUUCUUUCCGCUUACCCACCAAAUCUAGGGAACGACAUUUUUACAAUGACUAUGGAUGAGUUCCUCCGUGAUUACAACCGCACUAUCUGCGUACCAGUUUCAUCAGGAUUUUUCGGGCAAGAACCACAAAAUUCGAUAUUGACAGUGAUUUUCCUGACUUCCUGUGUUUUUCUGCUUUGCGCGAUGACAUUUCUUGGUGUUUCGUUGGUCAGGAAAGCGCAUAAUGAUAUGAGUCAAAGGAGAUACAAAGCGUCUUCGUCUCUAAAUUGCUCGUCAACACCAGGGUCUUCACCAUUGCCUGUUCCAUUAUUGAAUUUUGAUGCUUUUGUGAGCUAUUCGAAGAAAGACGAGAAAAUGGUGUUGGAACAGCUUUGCCGGCCUCUGGAAGACGAAGAAUAUGCGUUGUGUCUGUUGCAUCGUGAUGGCCCAGCCUACAAUUCUCGGCUCCAUGCCAUAUCAGAUGAGCUAAUCUCGCAGAUGGAUGCCGCUCAGUGUCUAGUCAUUGUGCUGACGAAGAAUUUCCUGGAAAGCGAAUGGAAAACUCUGCAAGUGAAGACAUCGCAUCAGCUGUUCGCCAAGAAUCGAGGCAAACGUGUCAUUGCGAUAUUGGGAGAGGGAGUCGACCAGAACCUACUAGAUGAGGAACUCGGCCAAAUUCUGAGGAAAAACACCUGUAUCCGUCAGAAGGAUCAUCUGUUCUGGCAAUUACUGCACAGUGCCCUGCCUGCACGACUGGCAAGCUUGCCAGGUAGUGGAGACGAUGGUUCCCAGAUCUACUCAGAUAUGUAUGGUAUAGUACCGUCAGCAGUAAUUUGA